AUGUGUUUGUCUUUUCUUGGACAAAUACUCUUUGGAAUAAUUAUGGCCGGCAGCUUAGGCUUAACAUUGGCUUCAAUGUUUACACCAGGUUGGAAACAGUUCAGCGCUGAAAGUGGCUUCAAUAUUGAGAAUUUAAAGAAACUUGAAAUCCCCGAAACUUUAGGCAUAUUUCCAUUUUUCUGCCAAAUGCCGAAUGCCAAUAUAACUAAUACAACAUCAGUUGGUUUUGCAUAUUGCAAGCAAUGGUGGGAGAAUUUGUUAUUAUCGGAUAAAGCUGUCGUUGCUGCGAUGUGCCUAGCUUUGAUCGUCGAAAUUGUAACUGUUAUUUGGACAAUUUUAUCUAUAGCUGCCUGUUGCUGCAAAAGUUGCUUAAUUCAACCACUGCCAGUUUUUGCCACUAUCAUUACUAUUUUAUUGUCCAUAGCUGUUAUUCUUUAUGGCAUCGAUAACAAAAAUGAUAUUGAUUUUAUCAACAAAAUAUCCGAUUUUAAUGAGUUGGAAUCAAAAAUCCAAUCUAAGGUUGGAUACAGUUUUUAUUUGGCUUGUGGCGCAUUGCUCGGUGCAGUUAUUGAUAUUGUUAUUGGGAUACUAAUCGUUACACUGGCUAAACGAUGUUUUUGA